CCAACGUGGGACUUGCGGAGCGAUCACCCAGAGGGAGGAAAGAGAAGAAAAAAAAGGAAAAGUAACUCAAGAAAGGAAAAAAAGUCCUGGUGGUGGUCGAUCGGAAAGGAAGAGAGAAAGAGAGAGAGAGAGAAAGAGAGAGAGAGAGAGCGAGACCCUAUUUUUGCUAUGAGUCGGAUCGCUGAGGUUGUGUGACCACAGACUGCACCUGAUAAGCUGUCGGCUGGAACGGACUGCGCGUGUGUUUCAAAGUUGGAUUUUAUUUCGACCGCAGCCGCGACAGCGCCGGUGAGACCCGGGCUCGAGAGAUCCGACGCUGGAGUUUUUCGGGGGCACUAUUACCGGCGCGGCGGGUUGGGGGGUCUCAACUUUUUUUGCCCCUUCGUCAACUUCGCCGCGGGGCAUUUACUAGCGCCACCAGGAGCCACCGGGCGAACCGCUGCGCGAGGGAGCAACGGUUACAGUCCUUUUAACAUUGCGUGUGUGUUUCCCCGACAUGUCACCAGAAACAGUUAUCCGACCGAGAAAGUAGUUGUUUAAGCGUCGCAUGGACACACUGCUUCUACUUAAAGUGAAGUCCCGGGCGACAUACAAGUUCGCUGUAGCCUAGUGUGUUCUUUUAGCUGGUGGAUCUGUGGGUCACCUUUUUUUUUUUUUUUUUUUUAAGCCCGCGUCGGACUCCAGAGGAGAAAGUUGGACUGGGGGACUGUCCUCAAUGACUCUUAUUGGGAUGGGAAACGCUUCACUGCACCGCAGUUGUCGCUGCUAGCCUCGCUCUUCCACAAUAAGACUUAAUUAACGUGCUCCCGGGGGCCUAACGUGCCUCCGAAGCUACGUUAAUAUCCCGUUUUUUUGGUUGCGAGGAGAGAGAGAGAGAGAGAGAGAGAGCUCAGCGGCCGCGCUAUUAAAACUGGAUACAAAAUGGCGGCGUCCCUGGGACGAUUUGGAUAUGUUUCUCCUUGUGUUUUUUAUUUCAUUUUGUCGGCCGAACUGUUCGCCAGUUAUGGGUUGAGUUCCGGUGUGCCGUGUGCCCAGAACUGUACCUGCAGCGGGGACUCGGUGGACUGUAGCGGCCUGGAGCUGACGGCUACGCCUCUGGACCUGCCUGUCCGGACCGCUUCCUUAAACCUUGGCCACAACAAGCUGACCUCCAUCAAUGUCGAAGUGUUUGACUCCCUUCCCAACUUGAGAGAGCUGCGGCUUGAUCACAAUGAGCUGACCUCCAUACCAGAUUUAGGCCAGGCUGCUUCCAAGAUUGUGUCCCUCUACCUGCAUCAUAAUAAGAUCCGCAGUAUAGACGGCAGGCGGACCAGAGAGCUGGCUUCUGUGGAAACCCUGGAUCUGAGCAAUAAUGACAUCACCGAGCUACGAGGGCACUGCUUUCCUGCGGGCCUCCAAAUCCGAGACCUGUACCUGAGCAACAACAAGAUCAGCGUGUUGGAGCUCGGAGCUCUGGACCAUCUGGGCUCGACGCUCCAGGUCCUAAGACUGAGCCGAAACCGCAUCAGCCAGAUCCCCGUGAGAGCGUUCCAGCUCCCGAGGCUCGUCCAGCUUGAGCUGAACAGGAACCGCAUUCGUCAGGUGGAGGGUCUGACCUUCCAGGGUCUGUCCAGCCUGGAGGUGCUCAAGCUGCAAAGAAACAGCAUCACCAAACUGACUGACGGGGCCUUCUGGGACCUGGCCAAGAUGAAAAACCUUCACCUGGACUACAACAGCCUGUCGGAGGUGAACAGCGGCUCCCUGUACGGCCUGACCUCCCUUCAGCAGCUCUUCCUCAGCAACAACUAUAUCGCCCGCAUCAACCCUGACGGGUGGAAGUUCUGCCAGAAGCUGAGGGAACUGAAUCUGUCGUACAACAACUUGACUCGUCUGGAUGAAGGCAGUCUGGCUGUGCUGGGGGAUCUCCACUCUCUCCGUCUAGGCCACAACUCCAUCAGCCACAUCACAGAGGGAGCCUUCAGAGGCCUCAAGGCCGUGCGCGUCCUGGAGCUGGACCAUAAUGACAUCUCAGGCACAAUAGAGGACACCAACGGGGCCUUCUCUGGACUGGACAGCCUCAACAAGCUGACUCUGUUUGGAAACAAGAUCAAGUCGGUGGCCAAGAAAGCCUUCUCUGGCCUGGAAACACUGGAACACCUGAGCUUGGGAGAGAAUGCCAUUCGUUCCAUCCAGCCCGAUGCCUUCGGUAAAAUGAAGAACCUCAAAACCCUUCUCAUUCAGAGCAACAGCUUCCUGUGUGACUGCCAGCUCCACUGGCUGCCCGACUGGUUGGUGACACGCGGCCUGCAGGCCGGUGUCAAUGCCACCUGUGCCCACCCGGAGAGCCUGAAGGGCACGAGCAUCUUCCAGGCUGCGCCCACCAGCUUUGUGUGUGACGACCUUCCGAAGCCCCAAAUCACCGUGCAGCCGGAAACCUCCGUGACGGUCCUCGGCAGCGACGUGCGUCUCACCUGCACGGCCGCCAGCAGCAGCAGCUCCCCCAUGACCUUUGCGUGGCGCAAGGACCAGGAGCUGCUUCGCCAUGCAGAGACGGAGAACUAUGCCCACGUGCGCGCUCACCACCAAGGCGCGACGUCUGAUGUGCCGGGCACAGGCGGAGGCGUGAUGCAGUACACCACUAUCCUGCACCUGCGGCACGUCACCUUCGCCCACGAGGGCCGAUACCAGUGCAUCAUCACCAACCACUUCGGCUCCACCUACUCCAGCAAGGCGCGCCUCGUCGUCAAUGUCCUGCCGUCCUUCUUGAAGACUCCCAGGGACAGCACCAUCAGGACGGGCCACACGGCGAGGCUGGAGUGCGCCGCCGAGGGCCACCCGGUGCCGCAGAUCGCCUGGCAGAAGGACGGCGGCACGGACUUCCCCGCCGCCCGGGAGCGGCGAAUGCACGUCAUGCCCGACGACGACGUGUUCUUCAUCAUGGACGUCAAGCCGGAGGACAUGGGCGUGUACAGCUGCACCGCCAAAAACACAGCGGGCACCGUGUCCGCCAACGCCACCCUCACCGUGCUGGAAACACCCCACUUGGCCCAGGACCUGGAGGAUCGCAGCGUGGUGAUCGGGGACACGGUGGCCCUGCAGUGCAAGGCGCUGGGCAGCCCCCCGCCCCGCAUCACCUGGCUGCGCAACGACCUGCCGCUGCGCCCCUCCGACAGACACCACUUCACCCCGGGCAACCAGCUGCUCGUCAUCGGCUCGGCCUCGCUGGAGGACGCCGGCCGCUACACCUGCCUCAUGUCCAACACGCUGGGCACGGAGCGCGCUCACAGCCAGCUGGUGGUGAACCUGCGCCGCGGCCCCUGCACUCUGCCGGUGGGGCCGAGCACGGUCACCAUAGGGAUCAUCGUCAUCGCGGUGGUGACGAGCAUCGUGGUGACGUCGCUGGUGUGGGUGUGCAUCAUCUACCAGACCAGGAAGAAGAGCGAGGAGUGCAGCGUCACCAACACAGAUGAGACGAUAGUUCCUCCAGAUGUACCCAGCUACCUCUCCUCCCAGGGCACGCUGUCCGAGCGGCAGGAUGCGUGUAUCCUAGUGGAGGCCGGCGGUGGACCUCAGCCCAACGGACACAUCCCGGACCCCACAGGUUUCGACGGCGCAGUAGUGUGCACGGAUUGCAUGGAGAACGGCAGCAGCUACUCCAAAGAUUCGGACUACCUGACACACGGGUUCGGCCCCGCCGGAGGCUCGGAGUACCAGCAGUACUCGGUUCCCCCGCCUUACUCUCACUGCUAUCCGGGGGAGCUGCAUGACGCGGGGCCGCACUCAACCCCGCACUCAACCCCGCUCUGCAACGGGACGCCCAACGGGAUCCGGAAGGACGUUCAAGGCUCCGCGUGUCCGAAAAACCACAAUACGUUACAGCCGAACCAACAGGAUAGAAACGUGAGCAGGGCGGGACCAACGCCGGCGUGCCCCCCAUCACUUGAGGACUCCUUCCACAAGCCGGUGAAACUGUCCGGCGGGUCGGGCCGCGGAGGUCUCGACGGUGACUGCGAGUCUGACCUCAGGCAGACUCUGCUGUCCAACGGACACACCCUCAGAGUCUCUCAGAAUGAGAGCGCCCCCCUAAGGAGAACCAGCGACUAGCAGGCGCUCCUUCCAGCCCAAAAGCCGACUCGCAGUAGCUGAGCGGACUUUUCUUUUUCUUUUGCACUGGGAAAUAAACUCCUACCUCAUAUCGAGGCGAUUGAUCCUGAGCCUCCUGAACCUGGACUGAAAGGGAGCAGCGGGAGGAGUGAGAAGCAGGGGGCAU